AUGGAAAUAUGGAUACAAACAAAUAUUUUAGAAGAAUCGCUUUUACCAGUGAUGGAAGAAUGUUUGACAUCCGGCCUAGAUUUUGUGUUUCAGAAAGAUGGAGCAGCGUGCCAUACCUCAAAAAAGGCUAUAAAAUGGAUGGAAGAAAAUAAUUUUGAAAUGGGUUUCUAG